AUGAUGCCCAGACAAAGGGAGAGGGAAGAGGGGUCCCGCAGGGACUUCACAGGCGUGGCUAUAGCCCCGAGGGGUCGGGAACAUCUCCCCCCACCCUUCGCCGGUUCGUGCCACCCGUCUUCCUCUGGUCCUACCCAAGCCUCUGCGACAACCGGCGGGGCUGGCCGUCGGCCGCAGCGCACGCUCCUCAGCCUGCCCAUUUGUUAUUCUCUGGAUGGGGCGGCGACCACCGAGCCGGGAGCCUGGGCUGCGGGCCGCGCUGGGGCGGGGCACAAACAGGAUCGGGGCCAGCAGGGACGUUACUUCUGCCGCAUCAGCGCCGGCAAACCAAGUACCGUGGACCCGGAAGAUCUGCCCUGCGGCUCGCGACUGGGAAUUUUUAAAUCUGGCUGGGUUUACCCCGCGGGCCAGCCACGCCCCGCGCCGCCUGCCUCAGCCAGUCAGCGCCAGGCCCGCCAUUUUUCAAACCCUCUUCUGGCCGCCAAUCAGGAUCGAGUAGCACAUUCCUCUCCUGACCGGUUCUAA